AUGGCCACUGUCAAGUCUGGGGUUGUCGUGGACAGGAUGUCGAAGAUGGUUCUUGUCAUCUCUGUCAAAGGAGGACUGAAUGCAGCGGAACUAAGCAACUUGUACCUGUACCGAGUUGUAUAUCGCGGUGUGUCGAUGGAUAUUGUGUCUGACCGAGACAAGUUGUUCACAGCUGAGAUUUGGGCUAGUUUACAACAUAGAUUGGACAGAUUAAGUGUGGCACCAAAAUACCCUGAAGCAGAUGGACAGAUGGAGCGAGUCAACACGGAGCUGGCCAGAGACUUGCUACUUUACUUUUUACAGCGAGACUGGGAAGACUGGCUGCCCAUUGUGGAGUUCCGUGCAACAAGGCUAGAAUUUGACGGGAGCGCCGAGAGACGGUCUCACGAAAGAAAACCUACGACGAAAAAGAAAAGUGUGUCUGAACUGUUGCAUGAUUCGACAAAUAUUGUACCUAUACGAGCUGGAAUAGGAAGAAAUAAUAUCAUGCGACAUCACCAAGACACUUUGUCGCCCCGACCGCCCAUUCCUCGACUUCAAGCCAAUUGCAGCCUAUUCGUCAAUCUGCAGCCUUCGACGGUCCAAUUUGAAACCACCACCAGCGACAUAUUCAAAGAUGUUGAUAUUUAUUGUUUAUCGGGUCUAGAGGAAGAAACGGCGAGCACGAUUGUCAUACGUUCUUCCGUAAACCUGAGUCAGUAA